AACGGGCAAGCUGGUUGCGUUGUUGUACAGUAACGUCGUUGUGAUGGAUGAGGCCUGGACGUCACCAUUUUCCCGUUUCGAACGUUCCACAGCAGUGCUGUGCCCCCCGUGAAACGUUGGAAACAGCCCCAGCGCUCUUUCACACGACCAACCAUCCAACAUGGCAUCGUCCCCAGAUUCUCCAGCUCUAGCACUCGAAACCCCAGCACAAACCUCAUACGCCAAAAUGGAGGAGGACGCAGAACCGCGCAAAGACUGGCGUUUCUGGGUCGUCUUCCUCUCGUGCUGCUUCCUCGCGCUGCUCGUCUCCCUGGACGGCACCGUGGUCGUCAUCGCGCUCCCGCGCAUCGCAAACGACCUCCACAUCGGCGACGACUAUGUCUGGGUCGCGAAUGCCUUCUGGCUGGCCGGCACCGUCUUCCAGCCGCUGUGCGCGCAGCUGUCGGAUAUCUUCGGCCGCAAGACGCCAGUCUUGACCUCGAUUGCCAUCUUUUUCGUCGGCGGCGCUGUGACGGGAGCCGCACAGUCUGGUGCUGCGCUCAUUGCGGGGCGCACUGUGCAAGGUCUUGGUGCGGGCGGCAUCAUGCUGCUUAUGGAGGUUGUAGUGUGCGACAUCGUUUCUCUGCGCGAGCGCGGGAAGUACCUCUCCAUCGUGCUAUCUGGCGCUGCCAUUGGAGCUAUCGUGGGUCCACCCAUCGGCGGAGCUAUUGCGAACCAUAACUGGCGGUGGAUCUUCUUGAUGAACCUCCCCAUCUCCGCCGCCGUGUUCCUGGUAAUGGCCUUCUUCAUGCGGCUGCGGUUCACCAAAGCAGACAGCUGGCGCACUGCAGCGUCCCGCAUCGACUGGAUCGGCAGCGCCCUCUUCGUCUGCUCCAUCACCUCACUGCUGCUGGGCCUCGUGUUCGGCGGCGUGCUCUUCCCCUGGCACUCCUGGCACAUCAUCCUGCCUAUCACCCUCGGCGUGCUGGGCUGGGCCGCGUUCCACAUGUACGAGAGAUCAAAGUUCUGCCCCAACCCCGCCGUCCCCAGCCGGCUGUUCGCAAACAGGACGUCCGCGGCAGGCUACGCCAUCAUCUUCGUCCAGUCGAUGAUGUUCACCUGGACUGCCUUCGAAUGGCCGACCUACUUCCAAGGCGUGUUGCAAACGUCGCCGCUCAGAGCAGGAAUCAACUACAUCGCCUUCGAAGCUUUUCUAAUCCCCGCAGCUGGUGUCUCCGGACAAAUCCUCACCAAGACGGGGCACUACCGGCCUCUGCAGUUCGCCGGCUUUGCGCUCCUCACGCUCAGCGCGGGGCUCAACAUCCUCCUCGACGCCGGGACCAGCACGGUGAAAUGGGUGUGCUUGAUCGCUGUGAACGCGCUAGGCUUAGGCUUGUUGCUUCCCACUAUGCUGCCGGCGAUCCUCGCCUCGCUGCCUGAGUCGGACAUCGCACUCGGGACGGGCAUAUACUCCUUCUUCCGCAGCUUCGGCUACAUAUGGGGCGUCACGAUUCCCGCUGUUAUUUUCAAUGCGUCGUUCGACCGGUAUUCGGGGCAGAUCAGCGAUGUAGGUUUACGACAGGCCCUCGGGCAGGGGAAAGCGUAUCAGUAUGUGAGCGGCGCGUUCCUGCGGAGUCUGUCUCCCGUGUUGCGGGCGCAGGUCGUGGGUGUUUAUGUGCAGAGCUUGCGGGUGGCGUGGGAGGUUGCCGCGGCGUUUGGAUUCGUCGGGAUAUUGCUUGUGUGUGUGGAGAAGCAUGUCACUUUGAGGACGAAGGUGGAGUCGGAGUAUGGGCUGGAGUCUCGGCCGAGGAGGGAGCAGAGUCAGGCUUGAUUAGAUCGACUUGCUAUAUCAUACAUUUUAUCGAUCGCAAUCCUGCACGAGCUGUGCCCCCCUGAUUCCAUAGCAAUGCCUAUAACUUGCGCUAAUCCCGGAGACUCACCCUGCAUGGAUACCCCUCCGACGGAUGCGCCCCCGC